AUGGGCGGCAACAAGGACGCUCUCGCAUUGGCGAAGAGGGACGAGGAGGUUGAUGAGGAGUUCAGCAUCAAGCCAGAGCAGGUCACACCUGCUCUCGACACAAGCAGCUGGCCGCUUCUUCUCAAGAACUAUGACAAACUGCACAUCCGGACCGGACACUUCACACCCAUCCCUAACGGCAGCACUCCUCUCCGUAGGGACAUCAAGUCAUACAUCAGCUCCGGUGUGAUCAACCUCGACAAGCCCUCCAACCCUUCCAGCCACGAAGUCGUCGCAUGGAUCAAGAGGAUCUUGAGGUGUGAAAAGACGGGACACAGUGGUACUCUUGACCCCAAGGUUACAGGAUGUUUGAUCGUGUGCAUCGACCGUGCAACCAGGCUGGUUAAGUCGCAACAAGGAGCAGGAAAGGAGUACGUUUGCGUGAUUCGCCUUCACGACAAGGUUCCUGGCGGCGAGCCCGAGUUUGCACGUGCACUCGAGACCCUCACCGGUGCCCUGUUCCAGCGCCCACCUCUCAUCUCGGCCGUCAAGCGCCAGCUGCGUAUCCGUACCAUCCACGAGAGCAAGCUCAUUGAGUUCGACAAUGACCGUCAUCUCGGUGUUUUCUGGGUCAGCUGUGAGGCUGGAACGUACAUUCGGACUCUGUGUGUCCACCUGGGUCUCAUGCUGGGUGUUGGCGCUCACAUGCAGGAACUUCGCCGUGUCAGGAGUGGUGCUAUGGACGAGACCAAGGAUUUGCACACCCUUCACGACGUUUUGGAUGCUCAGUGGCUGAUGGACAACACCCGCGAUGAGUCGUACUUGAGGAAAGUUAUCCAGCCUCUUGAGACAUUGCUCACGACCUACAAGAGGCUUGUGGUCAAGGAUAGCGCCGUCAACGCUGUGUGCUAUGGUGCCAAGCUCAUGUUGCCUGGUCUCCUGAGAUAUGAGGCCGACAUUGAGCUUCACGAGGAGGUCGUCUUGAUGACCACCAAGGGCGAGGCUAUUGCGAUUGGUAUUGCCCAAAUGUCAACAGUCGAGAUUUCAUCUUGCGACCACGGUGUGGUUGCUAAGGUGAAGCGCUGCAUCAUGGAGCGCGACCUGUACCCUCGCCGCUGGGGUCUUGGUCCUGUGGCCGGCGAGAAGAAAAAGCUCAAGGCCGAUGGCAAGCUCGACAAGUUCGGCCGCCCCAACGAGGCCACGCCAUCAAAGUGGACCCAGAACUACAAAGACUACUCCGCUCCUGCGCCUGACGCUGCAGCGCCUGCUGCUGAUGAGACUACCGCUACCACGCAGAGCCCAGCAAAGGCUCUCCCCGCUCCUGAAGCCGAGCCAGAAGCCGAGGCCGAUGAUGGCAAAAAGCGCAAGUCAAAGCACGAGGGCGAAACGGCAGAGGAGAAGGCUGAACGCAAGCGCAGGAAGAAGGAGAAGAAGGAGAAGAGGGCCUCCAAGGCUGCUGCCGAAGAGGACAGCGAUUAA